UGACUGUUCCCUUGUUCUCUAGCCUAAACAUUUUGGGUUAGAUCGCUUCUCCCACAAUUCAUCUCUUUCCACACUCCUGGCUAUCAACAACUCAACACUUCGAAACCUUGAGGAUGCUAAACGUAUCCACCGGAGGCAGACGUAUAUCCCCACGCAUCUCCUGCUACUUCUGUAAGAUUGCCUCUACCCAUUCAGGCAGGGUGCAAAUCCGUCGGCUCGAGGUUGAGCGCAAGUUUUUGGUCACACCAAUUGCCGUCUCCUGUUUGCGUUCCAAUAGCGGAGGCUCAAGGUUCAAGAAACACGAGAGCCUCGGAAAGCAGACUACGCAAGAUACCUACUACGACCGAAACGGUUUGCUCUUUUCAAAAGGGGUUUAUAUUCGUCGGCGGAAUGGGCAUUGGGAGGCGAAGAUCCGCACGGGCGGCGAUUUCAUCAAUUCAGCUUUCACGGAGGUCGAUGGUAACAAUGCAGUAAAGGAGGUCGUCGAACAGAACUUGACUGUCUCUGCAGAUGGACUUAGCAUCGAAGAAAUGCUGGAGCCUUGCGCCGAUUUUGUCACGGAACGAGAGUCCUGGAUAAUGGACGGCAGGUUCAAGGUUGACGUCGACACAACAGAUUUUGGACAUAUGGUUGGAGAGGUGGAGUUGACAGGAACCCUCUGGUCUGCUAAUGGUGAACAUGGCGGGGAAGAGGAGGAAAGGGAAAAGUUGAAGCAAGAGAUGGACCAAGACAUCAAGGCAUUCAUGCAAUCUUACCCACAAGUAUUCCCUGCUGGACGGCCCCUUGGAAAACUGAGUGCCUACUUCCGCUGGAUCAGAGGCAGAAUGUGACUUCAUUAUCUUCGAUAGCUAACGGAGAGGGGUCCUCAUUUACGUGGACGAAGAUGCCGUGGAGGAUAUAGCUGGAU